GCCUUUAGUUUGUGGAGGACCUACGUCAGUGUUUGUGCUGGUUUGGGGAAGAUGGCGGAGGCUGCGGCUGUUCCCCCGCAUCGGUUUUUCUGUCACUGUUGUAAGGGAGAAGUAAACCCCAAACUCCCGGAAUACAUCUGUCCAAGAUGUGAUUCGGGUUUCAUAGAGGAAGUAACAGAAGACUCCAGUUUCCUAGAGGGUGGCGCAAACGGGAUAGAUGACACAGCUACACAGUUUGCAGAGCUAUGGCACCUCUUGUUACUGGAGCGGCCGUUCACAACAGACAGUGAUACUCCUGACUCAGAACCUCGGCUCCCUGGAGGACGUCUGGGGGGAUUCGGUGAUCUGGGAGGGUUGGGAGGUGGACCAAUCGGGGGAUCUGUCCCGGCAGGUCUAGGAGGAACUAUGGGGGGACUACUAGGAGCCGGGGAACCAUGGGGACUGGGGCGUCCGCCUCGUCUGCACACUCAGAGGAGAUACCGGUCCAGAGGCAGCAGUAGGCCAGAUCGCUCACCCGCUGUGGAAGGAAUUGUACAGCAGUUUCUUGCUGGUCUCUUUGCCAACUCUGGAGUCCCUGGCUCGCCUCCUCUCUCAUGGACAGGGAUGCUGCACUCUAACCCAGGGGAUUAUGCAUGGGGACAGGGAGGGUUAGAUGCAGUGAUAACACAGUUACUAGGACAGUUGGAGAACACAGGACCUCCUCCAGCAGAAAAAGAGAAGAUCUCUUCUCUCCCAACUGUCAAUAUUUCUCAGGAACAAGCAGAAUGCUGUAUGGAAUGUCCGGUGUGCAAAGAGGACUUCACAGUGGGAGAGCCAGUCAGACAGCUACCCUGUAACCACUUCUUUCACUCAGACUGUAUAGUACCGUGGCUGGAAAUGCAUGACACAUGUCCAGUGUGUAGGAUGAGUUUGAACGGAGAAGACAGCAGCAGCCAGACCCCAUCAGAGUCCCCCUCCCUCUCUGUGGACCCCCGCACGCAGGAAAGAUGGUCCUUCUGAGACGCCCACGCGUCUCAUCCCUCAGUUCCUCUUGCCUACAUCCAACAGAACGCUUCACACUUCCCUCCGUUCACCUCUGUCGCAGUCAUAAUCAUCUCAGUUUGACUUCCUGUAUUUUUGUUUUUUUUUCCUCAACCAUGUACUAUACAGAUGUCUUAACAAUCCACUGUGGUUUGCUUAAUCCAUGUCUUUUUUUUUGUUUUGUUUUCUGCCUAAUACAAACCAGUCUAGAUUGAUGCUCAUCCAGCAGAUCAUUUUCACUUCCAACUCUUAAGCAAACUCCAUCUAGGUCUUUCUUUAAAUGUACUGCUGCAAUACACUAUGAUGGGGAAAUGCCAGACUUUAUAUUGUAUACAAUGUUGUCUUUACUCAAGGAUGAGCUAAAUCCUGCAACUGAGCCCCAUAAGGCACAUGGAAAAUAUUAUUAGAUACAUUCACCCUUUAAAUUUACAGACAGGACCUUAACAUAAACAUUCAUUGGCCCAAAGAGAUAAAUACUGUUUAUCAUUUUUUUUGUAGGGGAUUUUGCCAGGAGGAUGUUGAUUGAACUCAUUUACAGACUUGGUCAUGUUUUAUUGGUUUGGAAAGAAGUUCUCUUUCUGUCAGCACUCUGUAGUGUGCUUAAAAAGAAAGUUAAGUAUUUUAUAGGAAUCAUACUAAAUGGCCACAAGCAGAAGCUGUGACUUCAAAUGAAAGGAAGGAAGUUGUUGCACCUUCCAGUACUUUUCUCAGUCUGAAACUAUAAACAUACCAGCAAGGGAAUGAAAUUAAAUCUGAGCUCGGCCCCCUAUCUGAUGCUUUAGAUUUCACACACCCCUCCUCAUGUAUAUAUUAUAAAAAAAAGGCAUCCUUAUGUCAUUCUGUUGUUUAUUACUGUCUUUUGUUUUGCAUUUUUAUCACUUCUUUUGAUGUAAAUAAUUUUAGUCCAACUUAAGGUUUGCAAAGAAAAACACACAUUGAGAAUUGAGAUGCAAAUAUAAAAUACAUGGUUAUCAAACUGUAUAUUAUAUAUAUUAAAAAAGGUCUAUGAUGUAUUAAUAAAUUGACAAAAAGGAAACCUGUAAUGUUUAAUUGGUGAGAGCCCAUUUAAUGUGGCAUUUUUUCCCUCUGCACUCAGAAAGUUGAUACAGACCAUUUUGAACAAUGUGCUUUAUUUACAAUAAAAUUAAAUAGCAAAAGCA